AUGGGAACCGCGGGUGAUUCUCGACAAGCCACGGCCACCUCGAUUUACAGCAUAGAUGCGGAAAACCAGACCAGCAACACCCAAACAGAUGAUGUUGGAAAGCCUGCCAGAUCAUGGAAAAGUUACGUGUGGGAUACAUGGGAACUUCCACCAGAUCAACGCUGGAUGCUUUUUAAAGUAGACGCUUUCGUCCUCACGUUCGCGUCUAUCGGAUAUUUUUUGAAGAAUAUCGACCAAUCAAAUGUCAACAAUGCCUUUCUUAGCGGCAUGGAAGAGGAUCUUGAGAUGUUUGGCAAUCAAUUAGUAACUAGCACAUCUAUCUGGACUGUGGGAUACGUUGUUGGCCAAAUUCCGUCCAACUUGUUGUUAACUAGAAUCUCGCCUCGAUGGGUGAUCCCCUCGCUGGAGGUAGGAUGGGGACUCGCGACUAUUUGUACAUCAAGUGUCAAAUCGUAUAAAGCGUUGUAUGCUUUGCGCUUCUUUGUCGGAUUCUUUGAAUCUGGAUUUUACCCCGGCAUUCAUUACUUACUGGGAUCAUGGUACACACCACGAGAAAUUGGAAAGCGGGCUAUGGUCUUCUGGCUCGCCGGUUCAGUUGGCACUUUGUUUAGCGGUUUCCUCCAAGCUGCUGCUUAUACAAACUUGAAUGGGACACAUGGUUACGCCGGAUGGCGCUGGCUUUUCAUUAUUGAUGGUAUCAUUACUCUACCGCUUGCUCUCGCUGGGUACAUAUUCUUCCCUAACCUGCCGCAAAGCGGUAAAAAGACAUGGUGGACGACAGAAGAGGAGCAUCUUCUGUCAAUCAAGAGAAUGCAGAAUAUCGGACGUGCUGGCAAGCAGCCUUGGACUAAGGCAAAGGCGAAAGGAAUUCUGCUGAGCUGGCAUACUUAUCUUCUCCCAUUGAUAUACAUUCUCUGGAACAAUGGCAUUCCUCAACCUGCUAUGGGAUACUGGCUGAAAAGUUUUAAUGCCCAUCCUGCUCCUCUCCCCGGGACAACUUACACUGUCGCACAGAUCAAUAACUUACCCCUUCCUUACACCGGUGUACUCAUUGUCAUGGCAUUGACUUGGGGUUGGCUGUCCGAUGGGCCGUGUCGUGGCGCUCGCUGGCCAUUUAUCUAUAUCGGCGCCGUUACUACUCUCAUUUUCGCCUCCCUGAUGAUGAAGAUGCCCUUUUACACAAACAUCAAAGGCCGCAUGGCUAUUUAUUGGCUGAGUAAUAUUGGUGGUGGUGCCGGUCCUUUAAUCUUGAGUUGGAUCAACGAGAUCUGCUCCGAUGACACAGAAAAGCGAGCGUUGCUUGUUGCCAUGGCUAAUGACCUUGCCUAUGUUGUACAAGCUGUCGCUCCCAAUUUCGUGUGGAAAACCACAGCAUUUCCUCGUGCUCCCAAAGGAUACACUUGGUCGAUCGUACUGCAAGUAUUGCUCAUCUUGGUCACCGCAACUGUUCAACUGCUUCUGUGGCGCGAUAAGAAAAAAGCAGGAAAGGCAGAAGCAGGUCUUUCAGCCAUUGACCCCCUCGAAUCAUCGUCUAUAGAGGGUGAUAUGUCGGUGGGAUCUAGAGACGACAACGGCAAAGUAGCUAGCACUUCUCGGGUCAAACAUGUUGGCCUGGAUUGA